GGUGGGCGCCGGUGGAGAUGGAGCCGCCCGAGGUCAGCCCCCGGCAGCCAGAGGUCACCUUCCAUAAUGUCGCCCAUUCGUAUGUGCCUGGCGCGGCCCUGGAGUGCCACUACACCCUCACCUCGCAGACCAAGUGGGCAGCGAAUGACUGGAUCGGCCUCUUCAAGGUCGGCUGGAGGUCAGUCCGUGACUAUUACACAUUCGUCUGGUCACCUGCUCCUCACGGUCAGUCAGAGAGGUCCCCGGUCAACUGCUGUGUUCGAUUUGAAGCGUCCUACCUGCCCGCUCACGGCUCCGCUCUCUACCAGUUCAGCUACGUGGACGCGAAGGGAACCUUCCGAGGAAGCAGCACCACCUUCGCCUUCCGCAGCCCCGAGCCUGAGGAGGACCUGGUGGUCCUGGAGGAACUCGAAAGCAGCUCGGACAUGCUGCUGGUGGUGACCAGGAGCUCGCUCCUGGAGGCCCAGCUCGCCAAGUCCGAGAAGACGAGGGGGGACCUGACAAAGCUGCAGCAGGAGACGGAGAUGGAGGCCCAGGGCCUGAGAGCGCGGAUACGAGAGCUGGAGGCCUCAGCGGAGACAGCCCAGCAGGAGCACUCUCAGCUGCUGCAGCAGUGCAAGUCCCUGGCAGAGGAGAGACGCCUCGCGGUGGAGGAGUGCCGAUCCCUGAGGAAGCAGCAGGGCGAAUCGACAGCGAGGAUCCAGGAGCUGGAGGCGGACAUUCGUAACAUCGGCCACACGCUGCUGGAGCGCGAGACCACCCUCGACAGGGUGAGGGACCAUGUUACGAAGCUCACUGGCAAGCAGGAGGAACUCGGCAGACAGGCUCAAGAGGAGACAGAGGAGAGACAGUUAAUCCAGGCGCGGAUGGCUAGCCUGAAACUCGAGAACCAGGGCCUGCGGGAGAGGCUGUCCGGCCGGGACGAGGAGGUGGCGUCGCUGAAGGCGGAGGUCCGGCAGCUGCUCGUCUCAGCGAGCGAUAGCGAGGCUAAGUACGACGCAGUAAGUGAGCAGCUACGCUGCACUUACGAGCAGCUGUCAUCCAGCCGGCAGGAGGCGGUGCUGAUGGGGGAGGAGAUGGCCAGAGCCUCAUCGGUACGGGACAAGACCAUCUCCGAGUUGCACCGCAGUCGCCUGCUCGUGGCUGAGCUGCAGGCUAAGCUGGCCGAGGUGUCCGGCCAGUGGGAGGAGGCCGAGGGGCAGUGGAGGGAGGAGAGGAGCAUCCAGCGGCAGAUCUUGGAGGUAGAAAAAGAGAAGGUGCUGAGGCUGAGUGCGGAGCUGCUGAACUGGAAGGCCAGUGCCCAGGACAGGGAGGCAGAGACCCAACGUUUGAAACAGGAACUGGGUCGGGAGCGGGACCGCAGCAGGGUCCAGGUGUCAGAGAUGCUCCGACAGCGAAACGAGAUGAAAUCGGCCCUCCAAGUGGCCCAGAAAGAGAAGGAGGUGCUUCAGAAUGAGAAGCAGGUGAUCCAGGCCUGCGUCAAGAUACUGGAGCAGGAGGUGCAGGCGAAGCAGAGAGAGGCUGCGAUCCAGGGGGAGGCGGACAGAAACUCACCAGCCGGUGAGCUGGGGACGUGCGUGGCGAACGAGAGGCUGAGCCAGCCGGACAGCGACCCGCCCGAGGGCACGAGCAGUCCCCUACCCAGGCCACAGGCUGACCGCGUCGUCAUCAGUCAACCCGUGUCCAUCGCCUUGCAGCUGGCAGAGGCGCAGUCCGAGGUAGUGGAGCCGGCAAACUGGGAGCUCACGUCAAGCACCGCGUCUCGAAAAGUGGACCUCGAACCGGAGAGCGAUUCAGCACCGAGGUGGGUCCCACCGCUGACUGUCAACAUGACGCAUGGGAAUGGGGUUACUUCACUCCGCACGGUCCCCAUCAAACACUCCCAGGACAGAUCCACAGAACCCAGAGGCCCCAGGCCAGCAGAGGCUGGCUUGGACGAUGGCUUUCAGAAAGGGGCGGAGAGAAAUCCCCCUGAUGAGCUGUGGAAGAAGUGCCCAAUCUGUAAGCACCGAUUCCCGGACACCUUUGGAAAGCAGGCGUUGGAGCAUCACAUCGAUAGUCACUUUUUCUUCAGCACCAGCGAUCCCUUCAUCUUCCAGUGACCCAGCAUCCUGCUGCCUUCCCGUCUGCCUGUCUCUCUCUCCCUCCCUUUCUCCAUUUCUCUCUCCCUCUCUCUUCUGUGCUCUCUCUAUCUCUCCCCGUCUCCCUCCACUCUCUCUCUCCCUCCAUCUCGCCCAUCUCUGUUGCCCCG